AUGGGUAUUACGCGCGACACCCGCCACAAACGCUCGGCGUCCGGAGCGCAGCGCGCACACUACCGCAAGAAGCGCAAAUUCGAGCUCGGUCGCCAGAGCGCACAGACGCGUAUCGGCGCCAAGCGCAUCCACACGGUCCGUGUCCGCGGCGGCAACCUCAAGUACCGCGCCCUCCGCCUUGAGUCGGGCAACUUUGCUUGGGCCUCGGAGCACACAACCCGCAAGACUCGUAUCAUCGGUGUCGUUUACAACGCAUCGAACAACGAGCUUGUCCGCACGAACACCCUCGUCAAGAGCGCCAUCAUCCAGGUCGAUGCCGCUCCCUUCCGUCAAUGGUACGAGGCCCACUACGCUCAGCCCGUGACGAAGAAGGGCAAGCAGACUGCACCUGAGGACAAGGAGGAGAAAAAGCUGUCGAACCAUGCCCAGCGCAAGGUUGACGAGCGCAAGAAGGACGCCAAGAUCGACCCCUUGCUCGAGUCGCAGUUCGCUGCCGGCCGUCUCUACGCUGUCAUCUCGUCGCGCCCUGGCCAGAGCGGCCGUGCUGACGGCUACAUUCUUGAGGGCAAGGAGCUCGAGUUCUACCUCAGGAAGCUGCGCUCGGGCAAGCACGCAAAGCACGGUUAA